GAUCGGGUGUGAACAUGUUAGGUUUGUUUAUAACAGGGUGGAAAAGAAACUAGUAGUUUAUGUGAAAUCUGAACAUUUUGAUUGAUUUGUGAAAAACUACAAAUAUGUCAAUAAAUAGUUAUUCUAAAUUAGGUUAUUGAAAAGUUUAACACUUUAGGACGGUUAAUCCAUGCUAAGAUAAAACCAUUGCAGUGUUUUAAGCAGCCGUUUUAGUUUUCAAGUGUGGAUAUAUGAAAAGGGAUUAUUCAAAACAGAAGAAGAGUGGAAUUUAUACCAUUUGCGGAAAAUGUUUAUAAAAGUUAAGGUAUAAACUUAAAUGAAAAUUAUUCCGAUACAGUAUAACGAUCGCGGAAGGGGAUUAUGAGAGAAAUCUACUUAAUAUCAGUGAGAAAAUGUGGUCAAUAUGGUUCAUUGUAGCCCAAGCCAUCCCAGGCAUCAUUUUGGGCCAGGUAUGUCCUCCCGAGCUUCCGGUCGCCUCUAUGUGCGUAGCUGGGACGGUCCGAGGCUCGUCCGUGGCCCUGGACAUCUCAGGCGCUGCCGGAAAUGGCGCCGAAACUUGCACGUGUGCGGCGCUUGCCACCUCCAGCGGCGUCACGGUUGACAUCAUUGCCGCACUGAAAGACGUUAACUGUGGAACCACGUUGUCGAUUCUGUUCAAAGAAAAGAGCAUUAAAACCAUUUGUGGUGGUUCAGCCACUCACGUCAGCACGGGAAACUCGGCUUUCAUCACUUACACGAGAAACCUGUUGAUCGAAAACCCCAACUCCAACUACUGUAUCACGUUUGCCUCUGAUCGUAACGACACCACUUUUACACUUACAUGUACAACGCCGCCAACCACAACUACCAAACUGCCAACCCAACCUCAAAACACUACUAUCUCGGCUCAACCAGAGACGACCAUUAGCCCUGGACAUCAAAACAUUACAACCACGUUAGGUUCCCUUACUACUCUUUCGCCACCAUCAACAUCAGUAUCAAUGUCUAGCACUUUUCCUGGGAAUUUAACAACCUUGCCUUCUUCGCGUUUGUCGACGUCAGUUACAUCUGUCAGUUUUGUGAACACAACUGCUGCACCAGUGGCUACCACAUCUGGAACUGGCAAUGCUACCACAAUGAAAUCAAACACAACAAACAAGUUUUCAACAACGCCUGGUUACAACUCAACAGGAGAUUUCAACACCACUUCUACGCCAUUUACCAAGUCUUCGACUGGAAGCAAUUUGAAUAUCACAUCCGAACCAGGUAAUUCAACACAAACUACAGAAGGACAACUAUCAACAAUUGCCAGCACGAAGAUACAUAAUGGUAACACAACUGAACAAAGUACAGUAGCCAAUGAAAACGUUACAUCCUCAUUUGGAAAUGGUACUACAACAAUUCCUGCCAAUGUGACUGAUUCUGAUUUUAACAUUACCACUAUCAAACCGGAAAAUGUGACAGAUAUUGAUUUUAACAGUACCACUAUCAACCCGGAAAAUGUGACGGAUAUUGAUUUUAACAGUACCACUGUGAAUCCGGAAAAUGUGACGGAUAUUUAUGUAAAUACAACAGUCACCCCAGAAAAUGUAACUGAUAUAGAUGUGAAUGCAACAACAAGUAAUGAUAAUAGUACUGAACACAUUGUGGAUCAGACUACACAACCAUCAAAGGACACAACUAAAACACCAGGAAAGGGAACGACAUCAAGCGGUUUCUGGGAGCCCCCUGUCCAGAAAUAUGAUCCACCAAAACAGUCCAAUUUAGUGGUUAUCCUGGUUCCGCUUCUAGCCGUGGUUUUGAUUGGCUUCGUCGCUGUUGCCACCUACAUCAUGUGCAAAAGGUCAAGGAAACAUGCGAGACAAACAAUGGUACCAAAUGAGGAAAAGAAGUCUGAUCAAAAUGGCAAUGUUCAAAACACAGGGUUCGCACCAUCGAAAGAAAACUGUGAUGCAAAGUCCGGUCAUUUGGCAGGCCACUUUUCAGCUCAGAGCAACGGACACAGUUAUGCGGAUUAUGACGUUGAGCGUCAAGACAAUGUUAAAGCUCACUACGCGAAACAUACAGAUGAUAGUCUCAAUGAAAGACGAAAUGAUUCUCUCCUGAACACGACUCAGAACGGAAAACCGAAAGCAUACGAGCCGAAUGAUAGAGAAAGGGAUUUGAUGGCCAGUUUAGAACUGUCUACAAUAAACUUUGAAAGUGACCCAUCAGAUACUAACCGAUAUUUCAAAAAAGAAGAUCCAGGAGACUGGUACAGAGUUGUCAUGAAAGGCAAGAAACCAAAAUCGUCUAAGAGUGCUCGUAAGUAUAAAUCAAAUGAUAAAGACCAUGGGAAGGGUAAACACAGGCAUAGAUCUAGAACCAAGGAGUCGUCUGGACACAGGAGCAAACGGCGAAGUAAAAGCAGAAGUGACUCAGAUGGAGAUUAUCUUGCAAGUGAUUCGUCGAAUGCAAAAAAGUCUAAAUCUAGUACUGCGACAAGUGAUUCAUUAAAAGACAGCUAUUCUUCAAAGUUUGGUGGUACACAGAGUAAUGAAGACAGGACAGAAUCCCAAGCAGAGAACAGGAAAGAUUCCAAAUCAAUGAGUUCAAAUCCGAGACUUAUUCAGAGUCAACCAGUGCCAGUGAUUCAUAGCAAACCGGUCAGCGAGCCAAAGUUUGUACAGAGUCAGUCAGCGAAUAAGACACGAACUUUACCGCAGCAAAGACCUACUACAUUAGAAAGUAAACCAAAGGAGCCGGAGCCACCUAAGGCUAGAGUUAUAUUGAGCAGCUCCGGUCCAACAAACGUUCCAACCGCUGUGCCUGGUGGCAAUAGUAUAAGAGAAAUGACCGAGGAUGUUAACAAUAUUCCAACAAUCACUGCAACAAAACAACCUCGUACUGAUAUUACCAGCUCAGUUAGUUCAUCUUCAAAACCUUCACCGGUGCCACAAAGAAGCAAUCUGUUUAAUAAUAAUGGUUCUAGUGCUCCCGCCAUAUCGGCUUCGAGGCCAGAUAUUGUUCCUCCACUGAACCUGACAGGCACCGGGGAUCAGUUGGUAAUAGACGAUGAUGGUUUUGAAGGUUUUGUAUUGCACAAUUAGUCAGAUACACCAGAUAUACUACUACGCUGUGCCUUGUUGUGAACCGUGGGCAAUUUAGUUUGGAAAAUCUCGUCAUCAUGCAUAAUUAAUGAGGCAGUUUCAUUUGGAACCGCAAGGUGUAGAAAUUUAUUCUGACGGAAGCCGGUUCCGGCUUUUCAGUACAAUAAUAUUAGACAGUAGCUUAGACCACUUGGCAAUCGAGGCUACUUGGAGUUCAGGGUAAUUGAAGAAUAUUUUAAAAUAUUUAUUGGAAAAGUUGUCUCCCCUGUCUCGUGCAUGGUCUUUUGUCAAUCAGUUGUCCCACGAUAUUAAUUAACGAAGUGUAACGGAAUUAAGUACCGUGGUUACCGACGAUGAAUUAGUCCAGAGUGGUAAAUAAACUGUUGCUAUUUUCAUUGGCAUCGAGACACAUACGAGAAUGAAACUUACAACUUUCAGGGCAAUGAAGCAUUAUGAAAAAGUGAAAGUCAUCAGUAUCAAUAUAUACAUGUACUAAUAUUAGGUAAAUAUGAAACAUUGAUCCGUUCAUCCAUUUAUGGUAUUAGACUUCAUACAUUAGUCUGUGAUAAUUGUGUUUUCUCUCUGAAGUGCCUUUUAAAUGAUUAGUUUUUGUUAUUUUAACCAGAACUUUCAAAUGCUGUACUAAUGAUACUAUUUGUUAAAGUAUACUUUUUAUAGAAUACAAAUGAAAAUCUGAUUGAAAACAAUAGUUUCAUCGAUCGAAAAUGCUAUUUGAUAAUGGAUACCAUAGAUUUAAAACUGUCUAAAAGUAGUCGGUACAUAUUAACAAUGUGUGUAUACCACAUGAUAUAUUACGUCAUACAUGCUACGUUCGAAGGCAACAUUUUGCUUCGAAUAUAAAUGACCUAAAACAAAGAUAACUUUUCUUUUUCUGUACAAUUUUAAAUGAAACAAAGGAAGAUCUAAACCGCUUAAAAAGCUCCGCCUUCGUGUGAUUACCAUAGAUUUAUUAAGUGAUUAGUUUCCUUAAACACUUUGACAAACCUGUUUCCGAAAUAAAGUGUUGAAAGCGAUCCAUCAGGCGGCGAUUAUAAUUGUGCAAAGGUUUGUCGAAGUAUUUUAAGAAACUAAACUCUCAAUCAAACUCUAGUAAAGACCGAAGGCGGGGCUAAGUAAGCGGCGUAGACUGCGUCUUGUUUCAUUGAAAAUGAUGAAUAAAAUAAAGUUAUCUUUGUUUUAAGGCUUCAUUUGAAGCAGAGUAUUGUCUUCCAAAGUAGCAUUUAUGACGUCAUUUAUCACGUGGUAUACACACACUGAUUAAUAAAAAUAACAUGUUUAUUAAGACAGUCAGCAUUACUUUAGUACAUUACGGUAUUUUUAUCUAAGGGAAUUUCAGUGAUGAUUACGUGUCGUAACUAGCCAUUAGAAGUAGGUCAAAGUAGGAUAUUGGCUGGAAAAAGGGUAGCGUUCUAGUAGCACCGGGUUGUCACUGUAUUGCACAACUGCCUUUUAGCCGUACAUUAAAAUUGUGUUGAAUACAUAUAUGGAUCCACGCUAGAUUUGAAUUGUGUUCAGCUUCAAACGUGUUGUGAUCGUUCUAUAUGUUUUAUAGUGUCAAUGCAAUGAGGUGCCAACAAGGAAACUGUGACGUCAUAUUUACAUAUACAUUACGUCAUAUUAAUGUAAUAUAUUUUACCAUGUCUACAGCUGUUCGUGUUGAGUCUUUUCUGAAAUUAAUUUUUAUUUAUUCACAAUUUGAGUGUUUGUUUUUUAUGCGUUUGUUACUUAUAAAUGUGUAUUAAAAGGGUAUC